AUGCAAGUGCCGGUUCUCGGCUGCACUUUCCUCACGCUGUCAGAGCGUGAGGAAAGUACUGCCGAGAACCGGCAGUUGUCAGAGCGAGGAUCGGCACCGAUCAUCAGGGCACUGAUGAUCAGUGCCCUGAUGAUUGGUGCCCAGCAGUGGCACCCGCAAGUUUCGCCCACCUGUGCCCAGCAGUAUCACCCACCUGUGCCCAGCAGUGCACCCACCUGUGCCACUCUGCAGUGUCACACACCUGUGCCCAGAAGUGCCACCUACCUGUGCCCAGAAGUGCCACCCACCUGUGCCCACCCACCUGUGCCCACCAGUGCCACCCACCCGUGCCACCCACCUGUGCCCACCCACCAGUGCCACCCACCAGUGCAGCCCAGCAGUGCUGCCAGUCAGUGCCACCAGUCAGUGUCCAGCGGUUGUGCCAGUCAGUGCCGCCAGUCAGUGCCCAGCAGUGCUGCCAGUCAGUGCCACCAGUCAGUUGUCACCUAUCAGUGCCGCCUAUCAGUGCUGCAUAUUAGUGCUGCCUAUCCGUGACACCUCAUUAGUGCUGUCUAUCAGUGC